AUGGAUCAAAGUCGCGUCCCUCAACAGGAAGCCGACCGCGUGGCCACCAUGUACGGCGAACUCGGCAACAAAUUGGUCCAACACGCCAAACGCACCCAAUCCCUCGCCCACCUACCUCCCUACCAAACCGAAAUCGUGCGCGCAGUAACCCGGGAAGUUCGCGAUCUCGACCGCGAUGUCCUCCGUCUCCUAGCGCCCUUCGAGGGCGCGUUCAACCCUUCGGCCGACCCAGCCAUCGCCUGCGCGCUCCUCGUCGACCACCUUUGCAUGCGCCGGAACAAGCGCUGCCUGCUUGCGUAUCACCGCGUGCGCACAGACAAGCUUGAAGAGCUUUGCUGGACGGGCGUGGAUAUCCUCGAGCAGCAGCAGCCGUCCGAUGACAGCGCAGCGCCGCAGCACACGGCUCUCGGGGCGAACGGGCAUAGCUCGCUGAGUCCCGAGGAGGAGGAGUAUUUCCGCCAGUACGGGGAUAUGCUUGCUGCGUAUAAGGGCCAAUGGACGGAUAUUGAUUUGACGGGGACGCUGGAGCCGCCGAAGCAUUUGUUUAUUGAUGUGCGGGUGUUGAAGGAUGCUGGUGAGAUUCAGACGGAAUAUGGGGUGAUCAACUUGACCAAGAACAGUCAGCUUUAUGUUCGUCAAGGUGAUGUGGAGCGUCUGAUUGCGCAGGGUUUCCUGGAGCGGUUGACUUGA